CCGCGUCACAUAAGGAAAACGCAACGGAAAUCCCGCCGGCGCGCCUCGACCUGUACCUGAGUCUAGAGUGCUUCUUGCUGCCAGCACAAGGCAUCCUGUCAACGAGUCAAGUGUAGAGCAUUCCUGUUCAUCAUCGAGUAACAAUGGUGUCCUGCUGUUGUGGGUGUUCACUCUCUACAGGUGCAAAAGUAAUUGGAUGGUUCAGUAUGUUUGGUGCUUCUCUGUCAGCGCUGAUCAUGUGGGGAGGCUUGGAGACAAUCACACAAUUAGAAGAGCAUCCAGAGACCUCAUUUGAGUUUAACUUAGAUAUUAUUGAAUCUGUUUACACAAAAAACUACAAAUUAAAAAUUAAAGCAACCGCCUUCAAUUAUUCAGUAGCAAGAAUGUUCAUAUGGACACUAAUUGGGUGCUCAUUGGCUUCCCUGCUUUCUUCUGUGAUCUUGCUGAUUGGAGUUUACAGGAGGAAACUUCAGUAUGUUCGACUCUGGAUGAUCCUUUACUUACUGACGUUGUUGUUGGAUUGUGGUGCAAAGCUUCUGAUAAUGAACUUUUACAAUCGUGCCAAUCUUGUAGUAUUCCUUUUCUAUCCUUUGUAUUUGUACUAUGUUCUGGUGGUCUAUGGACACUACAAGGAGCUGAUCCGGGAUCGAAAAAACAAUGUUUUAGUGUAAAGCACCAACUGAAACUAUUGCAAAUAAAAUCCUAGAGAAAAUACUUAUAAAACAUCUGAACUCGGAAAAUAUUUUCUCUAAAAUGAAUCCUUGCAUUAAGGUUUUCAGAAGACUUAAUUAUUUCUAAUUAAGGGUUUUUUUACAGUAUUCAGAAGAAAACUGUACGACCAUUCCUUACCUAAUUCUACUUGGAUAGUUACAAAGCAAAGGUACUCCCUCCACCUUUAAAUUGAAUUUCCUCAGAUUGAUAUGUUUUUACAAAACAUAUGGUAUUAUGCAUAUUUUGUUCUUUGUAAAAAAUGUUAGAGUAUAAACCUAUUCUAGAUUCCACAUAAACUUAGUUGGAAAAAUAAACGAACGUCUAUUUUAAUAAAUAAUUUUUCAUAAAUUAUCUUGUUGUUGUUUGAGAUAAGAUUUUUGAAAGAGUAAACUCUGAAACCAGUAGAAAACCUAGACACUUGAACUUAUCAUUUGUAACAUCAUGUAACAUUUAUUCCAAAUAUUGUAAAUGUUUGUAAAAAAAUAUUUAUUUUGUAGAAUAGCUUGAUUAAGUAGGUCUUAAAAGAUGGGUUUAUAAAGAAAACAAAUGAAACACAAGGAUAUUAUUUUUACCUUUUGUAGUUCCAUGUGUUCAGACACAACCCAUAUGUAUUUAUUAUAAAUAUAAUUUUUAACCAGUGUAUUCAUUUAUAAUCAACAGUAGUUAAUCUUUAAUUGACUUUUAUUUUUUUAAGAUUUGUGGUAAUUGUAUCAUUUUUGUGUUAUUUCUGUAAAUCUUUUUUACAAAUACAUUACAAAUACUAAGGUAUAGUAAAUUACACAAACCUUUUGUUCUCAAGUAUAAAUUAUUAUAUCAUAAGAUACUAAUUUAAAAACAAUUUGAACCACUGGUUAAAUGAAAUAAAUGUAAUUACAUUGAUUGACCUUCGAAUAAAUAUUGAACAGUUAAUUUAUUAUUAAAUAUAUACCAAUGGAUUUUUAUAUGGAACUAUUUUUACAAAUGUUGAAAUAUAUAUACGUAUAUAAAAACACUA